AUGGCCAGCCUUUCUCCCAUCUCUACUUCUACCACAGCACAUCUCGAACCAACCACCAUUGACAAAGAGUCGGCAUCCAAGCGCAUCGAGCGCGCACGGAGGACAGCAGCGAUCAUCAAGAACCAAGAGAUGAACAAGCGCCGGCUCCGCGCUCAGACGCGCAUGAUCUGGGGUUGCUUCUCCGGUAGACCCAAUCUCGAGUUUGCACCCAAGUGGACGCGUCACUCGGAGAGCCAUGCCAACCCACAUCUCCGUCCAGACGAGCGCGAGCCUAUGGCACCCAAGUACGGCUUUGACGCAAUUCCGCGACGUUACAUCUCUCCAAAAGACUCUUGUGGGUGCGGAUGCUGCACAAUCUGGGACUGGAGCCGCGAAGAGCACGAGCGACGUCGGGCACAGCGCCAAAUGACACUCGCACUCAAAAGGGCGGCCAAUCAUACGAGUGCGGUGUGGAGAGAUAGGUGCAUUGAUUGGGAUUGGAAUGGAUGGGAUGAUCCAUUUGCCUACGACGGAGACGAUGACUGGAGGUUGGACUAUCAAGCGGACAAGUCUGCUCCUCUUGUCGAAAUUGACCUCUGGGCAAUGGCCAAGCCAGCAAAGGUUAGGCACCACCGACGCAUCACACUCCCAAUCCACCCCGAGGCAGAACAGGCCAAUGGUUCCUCUGAGAUUGACGAUAUUUCUCUUCUUGAUUACGAGGACGACCUUGAUACUGAUUACGGUUCAGUCGGGCAUGGUGCAGACCAAAUGUCGGACACCUCUGGUGAUUGGGAUAGAUGUAGCAACACCUAG